AUGUUGCUGAUCGUUUUGGCGGCAGUUGUUGCCACAGUCACUUGUCAAUAUGGUGGAUACGGUGGAGGUGGUUAUGGAGGUGGAAACUAUCCACAACAAUACCCAAGACCACUCUCAAAUCCCUUCUACGAUUCAAGCAGCAGCAGCAGCAGCAGUGGCAGCCAUGAGAAGUACAAAUGCCGUCGAUGCAAGCACUCAAAACUUGAGGGAUCUUGCGAGGAUUCGACCGAGUACACGAACGCCACCUGCAAGGAAGCCGAUUUCGAUUACACUGGUGAAGACGGAUGUGCCUUCGCCAUUGUGUCGUGCCGUGCCAAGAAGAAUCUCGUUGGAGCCAUUGUUCCAAAGGAUGGAAAAAAGACUAAGCCAAUCGUCGUCGGUUUUGGAGACUUGCACUUGACUGUUGAUUGCUCGAGUCACAAGAAAUGGUACGUGGGAAAGCACCACCGCAAGCAUCGCUCCUCUUCAUCCGACUCCUCUUCAUCAUCGUCAUCUGGAGACAGUCAUGACCGCAGACACAAGAGAUCGAUUGAAGAUGGAGAUGAUCAAGGAGAUGAUCAAAGACGUGGUGGACGUGGAGGAGAUGACGACGAUCAUCACCAUCAUCACCGACGCCGAAACAAUGGCAACAAUGGGCCAUGGGGAAAAAAGAGAUGGAGCAAAAACCGUGACGUCACCAACCUCGUCUGCUUGUAUUUUGAUCCCGCCGAUUUCACCACAACAACCGCCGCUCCAACUACCACAACCACAAUCGCCACUACUACAACCACCCCUGUUGCUACUGUUGUUCAAGUGCCCUCGAAUCUAACGGUUUCGGAGCACGAGGGUAAAUGGAAAAAACCAAGAAUCGAUCGGAAGCGCAAACAUGCCGCUAAAGACUCAACAACUUCUGAUAGCUUUGGUCCGAAUGUACCAUGUGUUGAGGCUGUGGACCCGAAUGCACCGCAGCACCAACAAAAUGAUUACUACGAUCAUCACGGGCACGGUUUAUCACAUCAAUUGCAAACAGAUCAUUUCUCUCAGCAGCAAUGGGUGCAAGCACAACCUAUUGGGGGCCAAUCUGUAGUCCAAUCCCACGAACAACAGAAUGUAGACUUAAAUUCUGCGGAGCAAGUUGAUGUCGACAGCUUGAUUGCCGCAGCAGGACGACUAUCGCGACCGCAACUGGAUCGUUUGGCGGAUGCAGUGAAUAAAGUGAGAAACGACAAGAAACGACUCUCCGAAAUCGGACGCGAACAAAACGACUUGUUCAAGGUUGGAGUGCCCUCGAAUCUAACGGUUUCGGCGCACGAGGGUAAACGGAAAAAACCAAGAAUCGAUCGGAAGCGCACACAUGAUGCUGAAGCAAUGAUAACUGAGCCAAGGGCCCUUGAGACCUAUGAAUAUCCCGAGCUUUAUCGAAAAUUUCCGCCUGUGCUUGAACUACCAGAUUGGGUCAUCGCUCAGUCUUUGAACAAGAAAAACAUAGACUCUUUCUACGACAGCGAUGCGUUCAAGGCGCUAGCGAAAAAGAUCGAAAACGACCCGCACAAGGACGAAUACAUGAAGUACCAAUAUCCACUGAUGCGAGCCAUCCUUUACCUCUGGGCCUGGAUGCCGUUCUUCUGCCAACUGAAGGCGAUAUUCAUCGAAAAGGGCAAACAGGAAAACGAGUUUCCGUGCUACCAAUACCGCGGGCUGCACUAUUGGAACGGGGGAUAUUCAGAGGAGGUGAAAGUCCCAAAUAUGAAGCGCGAAGCGGCACGUCGGAAAAUCGAGUGGAUACUACUCAACAACGGCGAUAAGCGUGAGCUAGCGUUGGCCUGGAACGAGUUUGAGCUGGUGAACAACAAGGUUCUCGAGGCACUCAAAAAGAGAGUCAUCAACACAGAAGACAGCAGGAAAUCCCGAGAAAGAAAGAAACUAGAGGGGGCUUUCACGCAAGGAAAGCCCAGCUUCUUCAUGUACAGUCUCACUUCGGGAAGCAGUUCCAUGCACGCACCAACCGAUUACAACGAGAUUCUU